CUUAGCUCAAUGUAGCCUCUCCAGUGAGUGUCAGUGUGUCGUCUCUGGGAUUGAGUCAUGAAGCAGGAUCUCACGGACUGAACUGAACCUUUAAAACAGCAGAAGCUCUCCGUUCAUUCUCCCGAAACUCGUUCCUAUUAACUAAGUUAACUAAUUACUUAACAAAGUGAUUAAUUAGACAGUAAACCGGUUAUAAAAGAUGAGUUAUGUGUGAGGUUGAAGUCUGGACACAACAAGCUGCUGAUCUGAUCACCGGUUCAUCAGGAGCUGACUCCUCAGUAGUACCAUGGAUGCUGAGGGAUAUAAACAUGAGCCACACUACACAGAAGCAGAGGGCGUUUGGCAAGGUCCACCAUGGACGCUGGUGGAUGUAUUCCUGUCAGGAGGAGCACCGUGGGGAUUUACACUCAGAGGAGGACUGGAGCAUCGAGAACCUCUGCUCAUAACCAAGGUUGAGGAAGGCAGCAAGGCAGCAGCUGUGAGUCUCCAGGUGGGAGACGAGCUCGUCAACAUCAACGAGAUUCCCCUGAGUGGCUUCAGACAGGAGGCGAUCUGCCUGGUGAAAGGCUCCCACAAGACCCUCAGUCUGGUGGUGAAACGGAGGAAUGAACCCAUAAGCAGGCCUCACUCCUGGCACGCCACCAAGUUCAACGAGAGCCAAUCAGAGACCGCCAAAACGCAGUCUCCUCCCACGCAAGUCUGGCACACCAGAUACGAUGCAAGCUCCUCCUCCACUGAUCUGUCCUCCGGCUGGGAGCAAACAAACCUGCGCCGAGUCUCGGACCAGUUCAGCUCUCUGGGCAGCAUGGACAGCCUAGAACACGUCCCCCACCCGUACCCCGCCGGCCAGCUGUCACCCGCCAAGUCCAACAACAGCAUGGAGCACCUGGGAGGAGGAGGAGGCAAACGAGACUCGGCCUACAGCUCCUUCUCCACGAGCUCCGGCACUCCAGACUACACCCUCUCCAAGAGCAACGCCGCCUCCACGGAGAACGUGCUCUAUAAAGUCAGUCAGUGGGACGCUGGAGGAAAACACAACAACGGCAGGAACAGCCAGAGCCUGACUGAGGGCGUCAAACAGGACGACAGGGUGGCGUACUUCCAGAUGCCCGGAGUUAGCGCCGGCCCACAGACGGAGGACUCGGCCGGCUCGCGCCACUCCACUUCAAGCAGAACCAACUUAGGACCAGUUUGGCACGUCCCUGAAACAAAGAAGAAGACUGCCUCCCCCUCUCCUCCUCCUCCGCCUCCACCUGCACGCAGCGACAGCUUUGCUGCGACGAAGGUGCACGAACGGGGGCUCGUCAUAUCUCACCCUGAAGCACCUGAAUCACACGUCAAGACUUCCUCUGAAAGCCGCCGCGGCCACAACCCGUCCCUGAAAAACGACGGCGAUGUGUUUCACUCUUCUGCUGAUAAAUUCAGCUCUAACAAGCAGUACUCGCUGUCCAGCAGCGAUGUUCGGCAAGGCCAGCCCCACCAUCAACGACACCACAGUGACAAAAGCACUUUUUAUACCCAGCCGCGGGCGAUGUCCGUACCAAAGCCACAGAACGUAGGUGGCUACUACUGCAGCAUGCAGGAGCUGCCUACUAACGGGUCCGCACAACACUUUGGUCAGAACCAGAGGAGGAACUUAAGCACCUCCAUGUCUACUACGUCCACCGACCAAAACACCGACGGCAGUGCACACAGCCGGUACUACUGCGUCACAACGUGUCACAACCCCCAGUCAGGAAAAUCAGAGGACAGGAAGAGCAUCACGGGCGUAGAGCUGGCUGGAAAUGAGCGUAACUCUCUCAGCCCACAGUCAGUCAACAAGGUGAAGUAUCACCUGCCUCAACAGCAGCAACACGCCCCUCACAGUAAAGACAGUAAUGGAUACAGCAAAGUGAGUACCGUACUAGAAACCAGCGCUGACGAUAGGGGAAGCCAGAGAGGACACAACGCCGAAGCUCCGUUCAUGAGUUAUCCUCCCAGACAGACCGUCGACCAUCGGAGGUCUCUGCCGCCGCAACACGACAACCGACAUCACAGCCAAGUGAGCAACAAGAUCUGCCCCCAGGCGACUCCCAUGCUUCACUCGCUAUCCCUGGACGCCGCCGGCCAAGGUGACAAAACAAGAGGCCCAAACUCCGAGGAGUCCCUUGAGAGCAAGCAGAUGAGACGCAGCGACCGCUUCGCUACGACGUUAAGGAACGAAAUCCAGAUGAGAAGAGCCAAGCUGCAGAAGAGUAUGAGCGCAGCGACGCUUCCUGGUGCUGAGGGUGAGACUGAAGAUGAUCAUGAUGUCUGGAAGUCCACCGAAAGCAGCGCCCCGACAUCUGCAGACGGCUCCUUCUCCAGCUCCUACAAGGAUCAUCUGAAGGAAGCACAAGCACGGGUGCUCAAGGCGACGUCGUUCAGGAGGAAAGACCUGGAGCCGGUCCUGCUGGAGCACCCGGCGGCCGAGGCCUUACCUAACUACCCGUCCUCAGCCCGGAAAGACAUCGCAACUCUGCCGACUGUGUCAGAGUCUGGGAUGAGCAACUCAGGUAGUCAGGUGACUCGCAUCGGAGGCCGUAAGCGUUUUCCUGCAGAAAAGAAGGUACGUUCUUUCUCUGAGCCGGACAAAAUCCACGAAGUCGGGGUGAAGGGAGAUCUCACUCGCAAUCAAAGCUCCUCACUAGACCAGCAGAAGCUCCUUAGACCAGCUCUCCCCCCGCAGAUCUAUACAGAGACCCCCACAGGGACCAAAACCCGAGGUUUCAGCUCCAGCAGUGAACCAGAGGACACAGUGACGGGCUUCAGGAGCAGAGCUGAAGAGGUCCAGGGAGGUCCUCACUCUGCACACAAGCAGUUCAUCCUAGACCAGCAAAGACUGGGCACCUUCGCUGAGUACGAGGCCAGGUGGAAUGUACAGAAAACCGACCCAGAAACGAGAGCCUCCGGACGGUACCGGUCAGCCGAUAACAUCCUGGAUCCAGGACCAGAGGAGAGAUCCAAAACCACCUGUUUCCACGAGAGAUCCAGAUCGUCUCCUUCAGCUGACUUCUAUGGACAGAAGAUUCAAGUUCCUGCAAGAAAGAGUGAGGCAGAAUAUUCCCAGACGGAGAGUAAACCUGCUGAACCGCCCAUCACCGCCACAGGGUUCCCUGACAGAGGGCCCGCCGACUGUAAAGUGAGAGAGAAGCCGGUGGAGUUUUUUCUACCUCCUCCUCCUCCUCCUCCGCCCAUGAACCCGGGAGCCAACCCUGACUGUAGACAGCGAGCUGCCGCUGUGAGACCCGCCGUGAGUCUCGCAGAGGACCAGGGACACGCCGAGCCGAGGAGGAAGCCUCCCCCGCCCAGAUACCCAGAGCUCGACUCCCACGAGUCCUCCACCAGUUCCCAGAGUGAAAUCUGCUCUCCUAACGCCGACCCCAACCCCGCCUUCGUCCCCACCCACUCUGCAAAGGGAGAUUCUGAGCAGGGCAAAGGACUUGUGGACAAAGCACAAGGGGCAGUACAUCAUCUAUCAACAUCCAGUCCUCAGCCUGCCUCCUCUCCCCCGCCGUCCUCCUACAGACCCCCAGGGCCGGCCACCAUGGAGGGGCAGCAGCAGCGCUCGCCAUCGCCACACUUCUCCCCGCAGAGACUCAGCGACAAGCCUCCCGUCUCCUUACAGGAUGAAGACUCAAACAGGAUGGAUCAUGUGAUAGAAAACCAACACUCUGCGGUGAAGAAAGUGCCCAUCAGGAUCGUCCACUCAGAGGGCGUCUCGGAGAAGGAGACUUGUCCAUAUCUGCAGCACAGCGACCCCCCCGCUGUCGAGGCGGAGGGUCCUGGUGUGACCCGGCUCGGUGGUCUGGGAGCUGCAGGGCAGGACUCGCUGUUUUGUGCAUUUACUCGGCCGGCUGCCCAGACAGACCCAAACCCCCAGAGAGACGCGUACAUGACCACGGUUGGAGAUCACAUCAACUCCGACAGUCAGCAGCCGCUACCGCCGCCACCGCCACCGCAGCCCACAGACGACCGGGCGACGGUAACCACGGGGCUGUCCGAGGAUCAGAAGAGAGAGGAGCUGGCCCGGGACAUCAUGGGAAAGGAUAAAUCACUAGCUGAGAUUCUGGACCAGAGCAAGAUGAAGACCACCAUGGACCUGAUGGAGGGGAUCUUCCCUGAGGGGGAGCAGCUGCUGGAAGGAGCUCACCAACGCAGGAAGGUUCCCCCGAAACAGACCGCCACCCGCCCUGCUGAGGAAAGGGAGAAGGAGGACAGCAUGGCAUCAGCUGUCACCAUGGUGACCAGUUCGACGUAUUACAGCACAUCUGCUCCCAAAGCUGAGCUCCUGAUUAAGAUGAAGGACAUGCAGGAACAGGAGCAGGAGGAGGAAGACUCUGAAGACGAGCUGGACAUCGAUCUGGCCAACAAGAAGCAAGAGCUCAUCGACAGCCUCAGCAAGAAGCUUCAGGUGUUGCGCGAGGCCCGCGAGAGUCUCCAGGAGGACGUCCUGGACAACAACGCUCUGGGAGACGAGGUGGAGGCUCGAGUCCAGCAGAUCUGCAAACCCAACGAGCUGGACAAGUUCAGGAUGUUUGUCGGAGACCUGGACAAGGUGGUGAGCCUGCUGCUGUCGCUGUCGGGCCGCCUGGCCCGAGUGGAGAACGCCCUCAACAGUCUGGAGGAGGACGCCACCGCUGACGAGACGCGAACGCUGAUCGAGAAGAGGAAGCUGCUGAUUCGUCAGCACGAGGAUGCGAAAGAGCUGAAGGAGAACCUGGACCGCCGGGAGCGCGUGGUUUACGACAUCCUGGCCAACCAGCUGCCGGAGGACAGCCUCACGGACUACGAGCACUUUGUCAAGAUGAAGUCGGCGCUCAUCAUCGAGCAACGAAAGCUGGAGGAUAAAAUCAAACUGGGCGAGGAGCAGCUCAAGUGUCUGACGGACAGUCUGCCGAUAGAGCAGAGGCUGGCCUUGUGAGGAGGCUGGACGCUGGACGCUGGACGCUGGACUCUGAUGCUGAUGAUGAUGGUGAUGAUGUGUUGAACCUGGUGUCCAGCAGAGGGAGACAGAGACGAAGAGUCUGCAGAGACUAAAAGACAUUACUCAGUUCUGUGCUGAAGCGUCUCGACUGCCAUAAAACACCUCGUGGACUCACAGCAGCCAGAAGAAACUCCUCUAUGAAAGAUGCUGCUUCUCCUGUAUGGAGGACGGAACCUGACAAAAUAAAUAAAAGAUAAAUGAAUAAAUAAAUGACUCGAUAAAUAAAUAAAUAUGCCAUUAAAAGUAGCAAAAAUAAUAUUAAAAAUAAAGGGAGUCAUUA